AUGGUCUUUGAGGCUAGGGCAGGUCCGAAAGAUGAUCCUAUCACCACCAAUGUUAUUGAUCUGGGGAUAGCAGAGGUGUUGUUCAACUUCUUUUUCGAUAAAUGUCAUCAAUACCUCCCUGUCGUACAUUUUUCCAGGUCUAAUCUUCCCCGCUUUCUCGAAAUUCGAAGGCGAUGCUCUUUCCUCCUUACAACCAUUCUGGCCAUCGCCGCUCGCUUCUAUCGACCUCAUCGGGAGAGAUUUCCUUCUCACCACUUACCUCCUCUGGAUGCCGAAGCUCCGCACGUCAUGGCCAGAUUAGCCUACUCUCACCUCGCAGCCAGUCUGUUCAGGAAACAACACCAACUUCUCGACGUACAAGCCACUAUCCUUCUCGCCGGAUGGGGACUUCACGCUGGCGGUCGAGGGCCAGAUCCUUGGUUAUUGACUGGGCACGCCCUCCGACUGGCCCAUCGACUGGGUCUACAUCGAGUGGGCAACAAUCCCUCGGUCAGUUUCGAAGGACUUGACGAUGAGGCGAGGGAUAAAUUGUUGACCCAAUGGAAAACCUGGUUGUGCUGGUAUCAUUUUGACGGUUUUUUGAGUCUUGGUUUUGGUAGACCUCAAACAACUCAACUCGAUGCAGUCAACGAGCAUGCCUAUCUUCAAGCAUUACAAAGUCGACCGCAUUCCCCUGAAUUGGCGCACGAUGUGUACAUUGCCAGUUUGGUACAACUCACCAAGAUCGGGAGGGACCUCAUCAGCUGGUUGCAGAUGUUGACCGAUUGGCAUGCGGAAGGUUUACGUGGACCUUUGAUACGUGACGGAGAAGACUUUUCCAUUUGCAGCAUGUUGCGUGUUCUCAACAAACGGUUGGACGAUUGGACAAACAUGUGGGUGUGGAAUGGCUCCUUUCACGCCCUUCAACUAGGUCCCUGUUCUCGCCUGGCCAAAUUACAAAGCGAACACGUUCGAUUAUGUCUCAACUCUCUAGCACUCAAACCAGGACUACAAGAGAAUGUGACUGGUGACGACGCGAUGUUGAUGCAGAAUUGCAUCAAGCAGGCCACUGAGGCGGCGCUCAAUACGAUUCAAACUCACUUUGACGUGUCUAAUUCGGAUAUGAUCUUGAGCUAUUCAGUGGAUUAUAUCACCAUAACACUGGGUCAAGCAGCUGUCUUCCUCAUCCGACUUCACAUAGCUCGUGAUCAAAUCCCGGUUGAUCGUGCGGUACUUGCUCACUAUCUCCGAAUGGCAAUUGUUCUUCUUGAAGACACCGAUCUGUCCGAGACGAAGAUCUCUACCUAUCUAUCCCAAGUUUGUAGAGAUCUGUGUAGAGUGGGCAAUGUCGACAUUCCCCCUCGGGAAGGAAUGUUGGAAGAGUGA